AUGACAGAUGAAACAAUUAAGAGUAAAAACAAUGAAGUACUUAAUGACAUAAAUGAUAAGGAAACCAAUCAACAGAUGGUGGAUAAAAUAGAAGAAGGAAUUAAUGAAGAUUACAAUAAGAACCAAGAAGAUGAGAAUAAGAAUGCCAGACGAAUAGAUGAUGAAACAAACAUCCAACCAGAGGAGGAUAUCAAUUCUAAUACAGAAAUGGACGACGGCUUUGAGAAUGUUAUUGAAAUCGAGAGUGGUGUAGCAGCCGAAGACGAUGAUGACGAUAGUGAUUUUGGAUCAUUUGAUGACGCUUCAUUUACAGAAUUAGAAGAGCCUGAAGAAGUUAACUCAGUAGAAAACGUAGAGAACAAGAUUUCUAGUGGAUAUGUAAGUUUUAGUGAGGAAGUGCUUAACAACUCAACGUUAUUUGAAAAAUCCUUGCAUGAAACAAUGAAUAGCUUAUUUACGAAUAUAAGUCAUAUUCAAGACCAUGAUCAUGAUACCCACGAGAAUACGUUAUUGACAGAAAGAUCAAGUCAAAUAUAUAACGAAUUGUCUCAAAUUCCACAUUUGCAACCUCCAAAUUGGAUUAAACUGAAUGUCCGCCACAAUUUGUUGAUCAAAUUGGGUGUUCCAAUUAAUUUGGAUGAGAUAAAGGAAGAAAAUUUGCUACAAGCUCCAAAAGUACCACGGAGAAAGUCUAUUAAUGAAGAAGAUAUUAAAUGGGAAGGCUUUGACAUACCAGCAUUUGAAGAUUUGAAAGUUUCACCUGAUCAAAAGACAGAUUUAUUGAAUAAAACUACAGAAAUCUUAUCAACUAUUGAAACUGACAAUUUAAAUAAUUCAUCUCAUCAGUUCUUGGAAUCUUCGACUUCAGAAAGCUUGCGAGAAAAAUUGAAACAGUACAAUGAUAAUUAUAAUCAAUUAAUUGAGUUGAGUAGCGUUUGGAACAAGCAAUUGGAUGAUCAAAAACAGAAUAACGAAGUGUACGAAUCUGUCAUACAAAAUUUAAUUGGAUACAGCCAAAAAUUAAAGAGAGAGGAAAUAUUGGCACAUUUGAAGAAAAUCAAACUGAAAUCUAAAAGCAAGAAGUCGUUUUGGAAAUAA